CAAAUAUCAUUUCUCUCCUAAAAGCUAUGCAGAAGGAAAAGUGGAUCUGGGUUGUGCACGUAUGACGCAGUGACUGACGCACACCCGCUCCGCCCACGGCCCCGCCUCAGUGGGCGGGGCUUGGUGACGUUGCAGGACACAGGGAGGACUCGCCGAUAAACAACUUAGAGAUCAAAACAAACUCAGAAGAACAGCAAGAGAACGGGGAUCCUUUACAACGACCACACCCAAAGACAAUCAGACUUUAUCUGGUCGGAUUGUAGUAGAGGCAUAAAGAUGAUCGGAAAGAUUCUUUCUCAUCUGCUCGGGAACGGCGGGGAGGACUUUGAGGCAGCGGGGGACACUUACGAGGAGCUGAUGGAGUUUGAGGAGGGAGGAUGGGUGAUUGUCAAUCUCUCAGGGAGCGGGUUGAUAACAGCCCCUGAGGUGGAUCCCCUGGAGAACCUGCUGAUAGAGCACCCCAGCAUGUCUGUCUACCAGAUGAGAUGCAGGAUGAGUGGGGAGGAGGAGGAGAUGGGCUCUGAUGAAGAUGAAGAGGACACCUCCAGGCCUGUGGCAGUACGGCGGCACAUAUCGUGGCGUCUGGCUGCCUGGGGAAUCCCUCUGCCCUGCAACGUCCAUCUGCUGGCUGUGCAGAAGGCCAGAGCCCAGGCUGAGCAGCGGAAGCUGAGCCGCGGAGCCCUCCACAGGCACAACCUGGCUAAAAUGCGAUUCUCCCCUGCGGAGAAACGCUACGGCCACUUCAAGCAGCCCUGCCAGCGCCUCUCCAACUACUGAACAGGUGGGAUGGGACUGUGAGAGUGUGUUUCAAGUUGCCUCUGCCAUAGCUAAGUUGUGCAGCACAGUGCCUUGACUCUGAAUUUACUCAGGUUUUUGUUUUUGCAAUCUUUUCAACUCACACCGUUAACUCUGCUCUGCAUAUCCUCCAAGGCAAAGCAUGUGCGAUUCACCCGUUUCGGUGAGGUAAAAUGAUUGGACAUCGGACAAAUGAUUCACACACAAGUGUUUAUUUUGAUUUGAAUACAGGCAACCUUGACUGCUGCACCCCUCGCAUCUGAAACCCUGAAUCUCGAUCUCCUCGUGAAUCGGUCCCUCAGGUUGGAAAGCAUUAGUAACGCACUGUUACUUUCAAAUAAAAGCCUUUGUACAUUAAGAAAAGAAACAGUUGAGUGGUUUAGAUUGAUUAGAGAUUAGUAGGAAUAGGGCUUAUGGGAGAUUGGAGGUGUGUGAAAGGUAUUCUUAAAGUGUUUUUAGUGUGUAACUUUGAUCCAAA